CAAGUAUCGACUAUUUAGUUACACUUCACCCUACCCUAGAGAAAGUACAUUUAGUCGUUUAGAAUUCAAGAUGGCUUCUGCAAUUUACGGCGUUGUGUAUUUUCUGGUGAUCAGUCUAUGUCUGACACUUUUUACUCUCGUCUUGUGCUUUGUUGUUUACCUUCAUCACAAACAUAAGACCCUUGAUCAUAUACCUGGCCCUAAACGCGAUGGAUUUUUCUGGGGAAACAUAAAAGAAAUGGAGAGGCUAAAGAAAGCCUAUGGCUACAGCAGCGGUGCUGAAAUCUUGAACCACCUCUGUCGAGAGUAUGGUCCUGUUAUGGUACUCUGGGUGUUUCACAUUCCUAUCGUUUACAUAUCAGAUGCUGAAUUGACCAAGAAAGUGCUUAUCACAUCCAAUUAUCCUAAAGACUCCUGGGCUUAUGAUAAGCUGGCUUAUAUUUUCGGAGAGAGGUUUUUGGGGAAAGGCCUUGUCACAGAAACCGAUCACGAGAAAUGGAAGGAGAAACGUCUCGCUCUCAAUCCUGCAUUUCACAGGAAAUAUUUGAAGGAAUUCAUGGAGCAAUUUAAUGCGAGUUGUGAUGUCCUUUUGGCAAGGCUAGCUAAAUUAGCUGAUGGCAAAACAGAGGUGUUAAUGGCAGACGAGUUUAACAGAAUUACUUUGGAUAUUAUUGGCAAGGUAAGUUAUAGAACUAUUUUUGCUCUGGCAUUUAAGGAUGUGUUCCUUUGGGAUGAUCCAGAUCAGGAUCAGUGAUCCGAGAUCACUCGGAUCAUGGAAGAUCAAAUAAACCAAUGAAUCCACUCUGGACAAGGAUUCAUUGGUUCAUUUGAUCUACCAUGAUCUGAGUGAUCUCAGAUCGCUGAUCCUGAUCUGGAUCAUCCCAAAGGAACGCACCCUAUGUAAAGGGUGUUACUGAUCACCCUAUGUGUGGUAUUCUAGACAGUCUUGGAUUCUGGAUUCCACACAAUGGAAUCCAGAUUCCAGGUACUAGAUAUCCAGAAUCCUUCCCAGUGGAACUUAGAUUCCGCAUUCCAAAUGUUAGCAGGAUUCCGGAUUCCUUGAGCUUAAUUCUAGAUUCAAAAGCCCAGAAUUCUGGAUUCCACUUGCAUAUCUUGUAUUGUGACCUGUAUUGUAUUGUGGAAAAUGUAUCAUAUCAGGGGCGUGGCCUUUGACUUUUUCAGGUAUACAUGUGUAGACAAGUAGCUAUGCCCCAGCAGUUAACAGGCUUCGCAUUCCCAAAUAUGUGUAUUCCUGCACAAUAUCCAUGGUCUCCUAGCCUGUGAGCAAUUCUAGUUCUGGGUAUUUCCACCCUGGUAAUCCUAGUCAUCCCAGUCAUCCUCGUCACCCUAGUCAUCCUAGUCAUCCUCAUCAAGGUGGUCUUCCCAGUCACCCCAGUCAUCUCAGUUAUCUCAGUCAUAUUAGUCACCCAAGUCAUAUUAGUCAUCCCAGUUAUCCUAGUCUUCCCAGUCAUCCAAGUUAUCCCGGUCAUCCUAGUCAUCUCAGUCAUCCUUGUCAUCCAAGUCAUCCCUGUCAUCCUAGUCUUCCCAGUCAUCCUUGUCAUCCUAGUCAUCCAAGUCAUCCCAGUCAUAUAUAAAAUAUCAGCAAGUCCACAGCGACAAACCAACGAGUGGUGCUGGAUCUCCCAGUUGUAGACCUGGAUCAGUACAAUAAGAACUUGUAGAAAAAUAUGAAAUGGCAAACUGAUCCUUACAGCAAGGCCAUGAAGAAGUAAACAAAAAAAUAAAACAAAAAAUAUAUGAUUAAAAAAAUUUGUCCAAUAUUUCGGUUUGAAAACAAGCAUCCCAGUCAUCCCUGUCAUCCUAAUCGUCCCAGUUAUCCUUUUCAUCCCAGUCAUCCUAGUCUUCCCAGUCAACUCAGUCAUCCCAGUCAUCCCAGUCAUCCCUGUCAUCCUAGUCAUUCCAGUUAUCCCAGUCAUCCCAGUCAUUCCAGUUAUCCAUGCUUUAUUCCACUCCAGCUCGCUAUUUCUGCUUGGUUUGAGGACAAAAUUUUUCAAAGGAACAGGAAGAGUCAAAGAGUUGUGCUUUCCAUUAUUGUUAUCAUUUUUUUGUUAUUAUACUGUAUUGCAUUUUUGUUCCUUUGUUUUUAUCAGGUACACACGUGUGUCAUGCAUAAAGGGAGGUAUGCCCCUGGUUAGUGGGAAAACAGUUUCAUACCCCAUUAUCCUUCAUUAAUGGAGUUGUACUGUAACAUGGCAUGUUUUUUUUACAGGUUGCUUUUGGAAUUGAUCUUAAUGCAAUCCACGAACCAGAGUCUCCAUUUCCAAGAGCCAUAAAAGAGUCUUUAAUUGCUCCAAUCUGGUGCUUUGCCCAUCCAUUUCAUGCUGUUGAAUUCACAACCUACGGCUAUCAAAAUUCUGUGAUAGCUGCGAUUCAUUUUCUAAGGGACACAGGAAAGAAGAUCAUUGACGAGAGAAAGAAAGCGAUUUUAAAUGGUGAUGAAGUCCCAACUGAUAUUCUCUCCUACAUUCUGAAGUCAAUGGACGAAGAUACUGUUUUGGAUUAUGAAGAACUCCUGGAUCACUUUGUAACCUUCUUUAUUGCUGGUAAGCUGAGACUAUGUUUACCUGAAUACGCGGGAAAUAAAGAAGCGUCGGGGAAAUGUUUUUUUUUUAUGGAAAUAUUUUUAAACUUAUUUUGGUCCUCGUCUCUUUGAGAAAUGUCCCAGAAACUAGGAACAAGUACAGGAUCAAAGAAAAGGCGACGACGGCAUUUUGACGCCAUUUGUUUUGCUUAGCGAUGAACUUGACUGUAAGAGAUGUAUAGCGAAGCAAACAAAGAUAAUGAAAAUGAUUGGGGAGUUGUCAACGAUGACAAUUCUUCGUAUUUGCCGCCACAUUGUUAAUUAUAUCCAUUCUUGCAAAUCAUUCUACGUCAUUCUUGUCAAUUUGGCCGCGCGAUAAGGCAGACAUUGUUGAAGGAAAAUUUGCGUGUUUUGAAGACGGUGACAAGUUCGGCUACUCUACAACUGAGCCACUGCGAGCUACAGCUACGAAACUAGGCUCAUUGUGACAAACAUCCUGUAUACUGUCAGAAAUUAGGUAGUCUUUUUUCCUAUGUUCUGUGAUUGUAGCAGUAUAGUUAACUCUUUACUUUGCGCUUUAGUUCUUCGUUCUUGGUUUAAAUUUUAUUUCGUUUUGUUUUUGGCCAUGGUAAUCUAUGAGAGUGGGUUUGAAACACAGAGAUUAAAAUUUAAACAAAGGAUUGAAGUGGGCCACAGAAUAUACCUUAAAAUUCCGAAAAUAAGCCCCGGUGUUUAUAUUUUUCAAAGGCCCUUUCUGAGGGGCUUAUAUUUGGAGCGGCGUAUCUAUGGAGGGAAAUUUUCGUUUCAAAAUCGAUUGGGCUAGCCUUAUAGUUGGAAGGAAAUUUACCGUUUUGCUUUGUUUUACUUUGUAUUUGAGGGCAAUUACCAAGUACAAGCCCCCGGGGGGCUUAUAUUUGGAGGGGCGAUUUAACGGAGGGUUUUUUGCGUUACGAGUUUGGGGGGCUUAUAUUUCGAGGGGCUUAUACAUGGAGGGGCUUAUUUUCCGGAAUUUUACGGUAUAUUACUGAAAGAGAAGCUGAAAGGCGAUAUUUAUUUUUUUUUUCUUCUCACAAACAGGUCAGGAGACAACUUCUGCCAUGCUGGCUUUCAUGUUAGCAGAGGUUGGAAAACAUCCUGAGGUCGAAGAAAGGUAAAUUUAUUACUUUCAGUUUGAAUGUCCUUUUGGAACGAAAUUAAACCUUGGCUAAGCGAACAUUUCAAAUUUAAGUAUCAUGUAUUAUGCUGACAUCGCCUUGUCUUCGGAGAUAGAAGGGACUUUAAGGUCCAACGCAGCGACGGAAACGACACUGAACGAGAACUUAGCUUAAAAAGUGAAUUUGCGUUCCUUCCUUUCUUCAGUACACUUACUUUGUCAAAUGUAAGCGGACCCUCCUGAAGCUGAAUUUCAAGUGACCAUAUUCAAGCUCAGAAAGAGAAAUAAAAUUUCGUCGUUGUUUGUUUACGUCCUCCAUAAAACGAAAAAUUAGGCAUUUUCACGUCGUAGUCGUGCAAAAAACAGGGAAGAAAUGUACAAAAAAGCGUGAUGCACGUGCAAAGUUGUUGUUUUGCUUAUUAAACCAGUUGUUGUUUUGACGUUCUCGUUGCCGUCCGCGUCGUUGGAUCAUAAAAUCCCUAUUAACAAAGUGGGAAAUCGACUCUUGGAAAAUCGAAGUAAAAUAGGGAAUUUUUAUUAGCCUAAGAAGACUGCAGUCAUUUCGGGACGCCACCUCUAGGACUCACGAAAUGCCAACUGAGGAACGAGCGCGGAAAUUCUAUCCUGAUGACAGGUCACUGCCCAGAUCUGGGUAGUGCUUCUAAUUGGUUGAAGCACAUUUUCCUCCCGGCAUGACCAAUCAGAGGCAUUUACCCAGAACUGGGUAGUCACAUGUCAUCAGUAUGGAAUUUCUACGCUCGUUCUCCGGACGUCCGGGGUGCGGCGUCGCGAAAUGUUGGCCCUUUUCUCAAACUCGUUUUUCUUUGAUAUUUGGGUUUAUUUUUCUGAUUUGUUUUGUAGAUUAGUUCAGGAGGCUGAAGAUGUGCUCGGUGCUCGUCAAUUCAUCACCUACGAGGAUCUUGGCAAGCUAAAUUACACAGGUCUUGUGAUGAAAGAGACCUUGAGAUUACACCCCAGCGUGCCGUCAUUUUCUCGUGUCAUCAACAAGGAUGAUGAGUUAGCAGGUCACUUCAUUCCUGCUGGUACCCUCAUCAAUCCGUUACCUUAUGUGCUGCAUCGCAACCCCAAGUAUUGGAAUGAUCCAGACAAAUUUGACCCUGAACGGUUUUCAGCACAGAAGGAUGAAGAAGAUACAGGAUUUCACCGCUAUGCUUAUUUUCCAUUCUCUCUGGGUCCUCGCCAUUGCAUUGGUCAAAUGUUUGCUGAAUUUGAAGGCAAGGUGCUGAUCGCGCGGUUCGUGAAGUCCUUUAAAUUCAAGCUUGUUCCUGGGCAAGAUUUUGGAUAUGAAGAUCUCAAGGCCACGUUGUCGCCAAAAGACAGGAUUCGUUGCACCCUAACUUUGCGCUAACCAACCGUCAAGCGAGAAGGGAACUGGAACCGAAAUGCGUCCCGCAAUUGUUUUUGGGAUCGUGACUUGGGAUAAGCAUAAGCUAACAGUCCCAGAAGUCUUUGCGAACGUUAACUCGGCCCAGUUUCUUCUCGUUUCUAACAUGGCGAAUGAGCUAUAUUUGGCCUGAAAUGUCCACAUCCUUGAAGUUAAGUCAUUUCGGGCACCUCGCCAUACCGGUUUGACACCGGAAAUGCGGACAGCAGUCAAAUCCUCGGCAAAAAUUACAGACCUGACUGUGAUUGAAGCAUCCUUUCGCUAUUUCGCACAUAAGGAAAUCUUUUCUGUCUCUAGACACAUUUUUAUUGUUCGACCUCUAUAACCGACAUCGAGAUAUCUCUCAAUAAAAUAAAAAUCUCACCCUUUUCCUGUGGUGUAUUAACCGAAACUGAUGUAAUUUAUAGAUUCCUGCUUCUCUUCUAAUCCAGACGUUUUUAAUAUAAGUACCGUUAAUCCUUUUCCCACUUCGCUAUUUCGGCUGUAAUGAGUUGCUGUGCACAUGGAAUGAUGGUAAGUAGGAUUUUUGGACUUGUUAAAGCAACCUGGAUAAUGCUUUCCCAAAUAUAUUCUUCCAAUUAAAUAUUUAACAGAGGCUAUCAUUUUUUUAAUUCUGUGGUGUAAAAUAAAGCAGCA